ACGGAGGAAGGCGCUACUUAUGGAGAAAGAAGGGCAAAAGCGAUAAUAGUGAAAGUCCGCCGGUUAUUGGUCCAACGGCGCGGUGUAAGUGGCCGAAUCCAGGGGGCGCCACAGCCAAUGACGUGAAUGACGGGUGCACACCUUCGAAUGCCACACUACCAGCAGAUUCGCCAGACUCCAGUUGACAGAUAGAGCGCAAGGUCCGAAGUAUAAAAAUUCCAGUCGUAGAGGCCCCAAGGCUCAACCGUCGCCGAGUUAUGGGUCUGGCACAGCCAGUGUCGAGAACGAGAACAGAGUAAAGAGCCGAAGCGCAGGUGCAACUCGACCAUUACCAUGUCUACCGGUGUUGGGACUUUUAAAGUUCUCAAAUUAGUUCUAGGAGUUGUGUUAUCUGUGCAAAACGUAUUGGGUAAUUGGAUGUAUUUGGGUAUGGUCGGGGUGUCCGUGCCAACCCCUACUGAACCCCCUCAGGGUAUCGACACCUCGGACAUUUGCUCGAGCAUUCCAGGAUUAGUGACCAAGCAGAGGAGAGUUUGCGAGGCUCAUCCUGCCAUCAUCCAGGCUAUUAGCGCGGGUGCAAGAAGAGGCAUCCUUCAGUGUCAGCAUCAAUUCCAGAACGAGAGAUGGAAUUGCACCAUAGAAGGAGGAGAGAGCGUCUUCGACCACACAUUGCAAAGAGGUAGCAGAGAGACUGCUUUCAUCUAUGCCAUCACUAGUGCGGGUGCUGUUCAUGCUAUUACGCAAGCCUGUAGUGCUGGAAAUCUUACUUAUUGCUCCUGUGACUUGUCCAGACAAGGAGAGAGUACCUCCGAGGGAUGGAAAUGGGGAGGUUGCUCGGAUAACGUCAGGUACGGGGUGAUCUUCGCCAGACAGUUCGUUGAUGCUCCCGAAAGGACGAGAAAGAAAAAGAAAAAAUCUGACGUCAGAGCCAUGAUGAAUUUGCACAAUAACCAGGCUGGAAGAUUAGCCAUCGCCAAUCAGAUGGAGAAAAAAUGCAGAUGCCACGGGAUUUCCGGUUCAUGCGAAUUGAAAACGUGUUGGAGAACUAUGCCAUCCUUCGAACAAGUGGGUAACUAUCUGAAGAACAAGUACGAAAUAUCCAUUCAGGUAUCACCCCGCGCCAAUCGUAGAUUACGCAGGAGGGGUAAAGUAAAGAGGAAAGUGUCAUUGAGGAAGGAAGAUUUAGUGCACAUACACAAAUCUCCAAAUUAUUGCGUUGAAGAUGCCCAAAAGGGUAUAUUAGGAACUUCUGGACGCCAGUGCAACAGGUCGUCGGAGGGGCCCGAAAGUUGCAAUCUGCUCUGCUGCGGCCGUGGUUACAAUACUCAAGUAUUAAGACACGUGGAGAGAUGCAAAUGUAAAUUUCAUUGGUGCUGUUACGUUACGUGUAAAACGUGCGAAACCAUGGUAGAAAUAUAUACAUGUAAGUGAAGAUAAGCAACAUCAUCCCUUGAAUUUUUUUUCGUUUAGACCCUCUCCUCUCAGGUAGCCAGCCUAUGGUAUCAGAGGUGCCGAGUGGUACCAAGUGCAUUUAUAUAAUAAUCAAUCUUGGAGAUCCCUACCAGCAGCUGUGAUAAGAGCACCGAAAAGACUGUCAAAUUUUUGGGAAUAUCUCUUUGACUGUAAACCCUUUUACUCCAAAAUAAAAAACAAAAAGGAAAAAAAAACAUAGAAGUGCUAAAGAAGAAGUGAUGUAGAUACGUCCAUUUUUAGUAUUAAUAUAUGGAACUUUUUAGGUAAUUAUUGACGUCGA